GUAAAAUCUCGCAAGAUGUUCAAAUGAUUUGAACAAUAGACAAAGACGUCGACAUAAUAAAUAUGCUACUUAUCAGAAUAAAAGAUACUUUACGAAAUUUCGCAGGAAAUACAACUUUACAUGGAAUAGACAGGGUUUCAUCACGAAAACACGUUAUAGGCAAAGUUCUCUGGGCUUGUAUCGUAUUGACAUGCGUGUCUUCAUGUUUCAUACAAAUAUAUAGACUUGGUGUCCAGUAUGCAAGUAAACAAGUCAUCACUAAAAUCUCCAUCCAAAACCAGAAAAUUUACUUUCCUGCUGUUUCAAUUUGCAAUUUGAAUCCAAUCAGCUUUCUAAAGAUACAACGUGAAUACCAGCGGGAUCAACUCAAUGGUUCCUUAACAGGCCUUGUUGGUGACCUAGUUUACUCUAAAUACCUACAAAUAUUUACAAACAUCAAUACACAAUUGGAAGACUCACCUGAACUAAUAAGGAUGGGCAAACGUAAAAGGAGAGAUGUCCAAAGAACAUAUGAAGACAGCCAGGCUCCUCCUAAUGUUACAAUUCACAGAACAGAUUACAAAGCUAAGAUUGGUGGAACGGUAACUCUUCAAUGUGAAGUGACAGACAUUACUUCAUCCUUUGUGGUUCAGUGGCAGAAAUGGGAAUAUGAUAGUUCUACUUUCAUGAAUAUAUCUAGCGACAAGGCAAACAAAUACAAUGGGUCUACAACCAUUACUCCGUCACUGACUAUUUUCAAUGUUGAAUAUAACGAUGAAGGAUCAUAUACGUGUACAGCCGGAAACAAACACGGCACUGAUAAGAGCCCAAUCAUAUACUUAACAGUUACAUAUAAUGUUUUAGAUAAUAUUUGGAGAGGAAGCGAGAGAUUCAGGCUGUCGGUGUUUGGAUUGACUAAUUUUUUUUCUCAAAAAGCAGAGACUAUAAUCAAAGACCUGUCUGCGGAUUUUUCUGACUUUGUUAUCUACUGCAAUUUUGAGGGACGUCAGUGCAAUAAAAGUAUGUUUGUUCCAUUUGUUGACAAGUACUAUGGCAAGUGUUACAGAUUCCCAUCAAAACCAAUCAUCACACAACGUGCAGGGCCACUCUUUGCAUUACAGUUGCUAAUCAACGUAAAUCAGAGUGAUUAUGUCCCAUACAUAACUUCAGAAGCUGGUAUAAGGCUAUCCAUUCACGAACAUGGUUCACAGCCUUUUUUGGAAAAUAAUGGAUUUUCUGUGGCUACUGGAUUUAGAACUGAUGUUUCAUUAUUUAAGAAGAGAAUAGAAAGAAUGUCUGGUACAACAGUGUGUGACACAAGUAACAAAUUCAGUAACAUCAUUGCCUGUUUCGAGGAUUGUGUCGAAAGGAAUAUAAAAGAAAAGUGCCAAUGUCUGCAGAGCAUGUUUACUGAGACGACUAUCUGUGCAAAUUACGCCACCGCCUGCAUAUUAGCUGUUCGUAGAAACGUGACCGGAUGUAAUUGCAACACUCCGUGCAGUGAAAAACAGCACAUCAAAACAAUUCAUACAAGUAGGUGGCCAGCUAAAAACUAUGAAGGUUUACUUGACAAAAUAUUGAAAAGCAAAGGACUCUCACUUUCAAAUACAAGUGACAGUUUGUUGCAAGUCAACAUAUACUUUUCGUCGUUGUAUGAGGAAGUUACAGAAGAAAUACUAUCUUUCACGUUUGAGAACUUUCUGUCGAAUAUUGGAGGAGCUCUUGGUCUAUGUAUUGGAAUGUCCGCCAUUAGCAUUGGCGAAUUGCUCGAAUUGUGUUUCUUUCUCCUGAGAAGUAUGACAAGACGUAAAAGAGCUAAAGAGAACCAACCUGAUGUGAGCUUAAAUGAAAUUGCAGAAACCACUACAAUCUCUGACCAGAAUAAAACACAAUCUGUUCAUAUUGAUAUGUCAAUCAUCCACGAAGAGGAGAGUGGUCUGUAAAAACGAUCAAUUCGUCUGUGGUAAAAAAAAACGAAAGACCUAUCAUUGACUGAUAGGAUGCAUCUAUUAUUAAUCUGUCUAAAAGCAUUUAUAUAAUAGUAAGCCUUGACCAUGCGUUUUUACAGUGUAUAUAGUAUAUUUUUGACUCCGCAGCUAUUUUCUAAUUUUCUUGAUCUAUACAUAUGGAAGAAGAUCAAAGCCUGAAAUAAUUUCGAGUUUUCGCAUAAUUAAAUCCCUUAAAAUUUAAUUGGUGUACAGUAUCAAUAUUUCAUUACAAGAAUUUUUUUUCUUUUAAAUAUAGAUAGCUUACAUGUCAUACUAUCAAUGAGUUUCCCUGUUGUGAUGUUGACAAACGUAUUCUGACCGUUUUGUAUGCUGUGUUGUUAUCUUAUUGCCAUUCGCACCUCUUCAACCAUUAAUCACAUUGAACUGUUUCAUAGAAGAAAAUAAGAAAAAAAAAAGCAUCAUGUUAUCAUUGUUGACGCAUCUUUGUGAAAUAUAAUUACUUUUUUGUAUUUACAAAAAAGAUAAAUAGUUUCAGGUUUUUCAUGGAAAUAGCUUUAAAAAGAAAAACAUUUGUAGCAUCAUCAUUAACACAAGAUUUCCGUCAUAUUAAAAGUAAUCAAUUGGAAACGUAUACUAGUAUAUGUAUUUUCCUUUUUAAAUGUUGAAUAUCAAUAGUUAUGACCUGGAGUUUCAAAAGCCGCUUACUAUACCGGAUGUGUAAAAAGACACAGUCAUAUCCGGAGUGGAGCAUUAUGCUAGUAACCGAUUCCUCCUGUUGAAAAAAUCGAAUGAUUUUUGCUCGGAAAAAAUGUAAUGUAUUGUACAGACGCUUGUUUUAAUUCUUUAUUAAAUUUUUGCAAUCCAUGUUUUUUCAGACUGAAAACUUUAAAAGAAAAAUAUUAAUGUAAUCAUGUCUAUUGAUGUAAAUUAUCUGUUUAAUAAACU